AUGGUCAAUACUCCACAAACCCUAACCACCACCGUCGCCACUCGCAUCUUACACGAGGAUACGGACGACGAUGAAGAAGCAGACGGCGAAGAGCCCUGUGACUUGGAAGCAUGGGAAACCCUACGCAAUAGCUUCAAGGAGGUCCAAUCGGUGCUCGAUCACAACCGCCGCCUGAUCCACUGGCUAACGACAAUCACAUGUCCAAAAACCCCACAAUUUGGCCAAGAAUGUCAAUUUGAUUCGCCACGGAGCCCUGCUUCACCGCCUCCAUCGCGUACUCCACUUGGAACAGCCGCCCCGCCGGCGACCAUGUCGUCACGUCGGUGUCCCCAACUUGGCGAACUGCUGAAAGAUGGCCGACGAGGACAGAUCCAGGUCUCGGCACUAGCGAUCGACACGAAUCACGAUAUCACGAAGGCCCCCAUCGAGAAGAACAAUUGCCGCCGAGGAAGGAGAAGUGAAGCGGAGGCCUUCGCAGAUAAGACCUCAUUCGGCGGCGUGGCCGAUGUUUGGGAGGAAAUCGAAUCUGUUGAUGGGUGA